AGAACUUUCACAAGUACACGCCACGCUUGAGGCCAUGAAGGGGGCGCUUGGGGCGAGGGCCAUGGCGAAGGCCAUGGUGGCCAUGCUUUGCUUCUGGCGGCUUGGCCACGGAUGCACGUUGGACGACACGUCAUCGUAUCAUCAACUUGACUCGGAAGUCUUGCGUCACAGGUCCAACAAGGCUCUCACCUGGGAAGAGGCUGCCUUCUUAGCCGUGCCAUCAAAUGCCUCCGCGCGUGCAUCACUGAAAUUCAUUACAAGCAAGCCGCACGUAGCAGGCACUGCUGGAGAUUUAGACAUGGCUCAGUAUGUGAAGGAAUCCUUCGAGAGAGAAGGAGUUGAGGCUCGGCUAGAUCCGCAAAAGGUCUUGUUGACCUAUCCUGUCAGCAGUGCUUUGGAGCUCCACGACAACUCUGGACAACUGGUUGCUAAAGCAUCUCUGGCAGAGGACACGCUAGAGUCAGAUCCAACAUCACACACAUGGUGGAGAAACCACACCUUCAAUGGCUACUCACCAUCUGGAGAUGUUCUGGCAUCUAUUGUCUAUGCCAACUUUGGUUUGCCAGAGGAUUUUGAGGCACUCCAGGCAGCUGGAGUGAAUGUGAAUGGCAGCAUCGUUCUGAUGCGCUAUGGCAAGUGUUUUCGUGGUUUGAAGGCGAUGAACGCCCAGAAAGCUGGCGCUCGUGCGGCGAUCAUCUAUUCUGAUCCGGAACAAGAUGGCUAUGCAAAAGGCAGUGUCUACCCAUAUGGGCCGUGGCGCCCAAAGAGCAGUGUACAGCGUGGCUCCAUCCAAUUUAUAUCUCUAUGUGCAGGAGAUCCAACCAGGGCAUACUUCCCGCACGGCAUGGAUGUGGAGACCCUUUGUGGCCUUAGUGCGAAAGAGCUCAUUCCUCAAAUUCCGGUCUUGCCCAUCUCUUAUGGAGAUGCUUUGGUGUUCUUGGAGUCCUUAGGGGGCAAAGUAGCGCCAAACGAUUUCCGGGGAGCACUGAACAUUACCUACAGAUUUGGCCCAACAAAAGACCAGUACAAGGUGAGGGUGAAAGUUGAGAACCGCUUUCAAUCAUCACCCGUUUGGAACGUCAUCGGAAAGAUCCCUGGCACCUUACCAAUGGAUCUCGAUCAACCCGUCGUUCUCGGGAACCAUCGAGAUGCCUGGGUCUAUGGAGCAGCCGAUCCGAACAGUGGAACUGCCCAGCUCUUGGAGGUCGUCCGUGGACUUGGCAAGCUCUUGCGCGAGGGUUGGAAGCCUCUUAGGACCAUAUAUUUGUGCUCAUGGAGUGGGGAAGAAUACGGGUUGUUAGGUUCCACUGCCUGGGGCGAAGUACAGGAUGACCUUUUGCGCCGAGCCUUGGCCUAUGUGAAUGUUGACACCGGGGUGUCGGGACAACACUUUCGAGCAGCUGGAACUCCAUCACUGGCACAGCUUCUUGCAGAGGUUCUUGGUCAUGUCCCACAUCCAGAUUCUGGAAAGCCUCUUUCGGAGCACUGGGGUGGCAAGUUGUUUUCCCUCGGCUCAGGCUCCGACUACACAAUUUUCAUUGACCACCUUGGCAUUCCGUCGCUUGAUAUUGCAUUUUCCCCCAAGGAUGCUCAAUACGGAGUCUACCAUUCGGUCUAUGACUCCUUCACCUGGAUGGCCACAGAAGGAGACCCCAACUUUACUUAUCACGUUGCUAUGGCGCAAGUCUGGGGUUUAAUCGCCUUGCGCUUGUCCGGGAGCAAUGUGGAAGCACCACUUCCAUUGAAUCUCAGCAUCCAGGCUGAGGCGAUUGCUGGAUACAUUUCACGUGUCAAAGGAAACAGAUCCGUCCCACUUGACUUUACCGCCUUGGAGGAUGCGAGUCUUGCGUUCAAAUCUGCUGCCGCCCGUGCCAUGGCUGAGGUCCACCGAUUGAGUCGAAUGGGCCCCCAGGCCCCACCGGAGGAAGUCACAGCUUUGAAUGAACGCUUGGGCCUUCUUGAGAGAUCGUUCCUGUUGCCAGAUGGCCUGCCCGGGCGCAAAUGGUUUCGGCACUGCCUACAAGCACCAGGGCUUUACACAGGCUACGCUCCAAAGACACUUCCAGGAAUCGAUGAGGCCAUGGACGCCCAGAAGUGGGAUUUGGCACAAGCACAGAUCCAUGCGGCAGCGAGCCGCAUUUGGGCCGCAGCAUCUUCCCUAGCGCCGCGUGAAGCGCCUCCCACAGUCUUUACGGUUUAAUGGAGGCCACACCUUCAUAUUGGCAAAGU